UCUAUAGUGAUCUGUGAUCGUAUCCGCGACUCGACUUAAUAUGUUCCUUGGACUCGACUCGCCGUAAUUCGUAAAUCGUAACUUGCAAUUUGCAGACUGUAAGGAAAAGAAGAGUCAUUUAAUUAGAUUUUGUAAUCAAUUAUUUACGCGUUGUGAUAUAAAGCCACUUAUUUUAGUAACGAACCAUAUAUUUGUUACAAUGGCUGAUAAUUUUCAAAACAAAACAAUGGCUUCAGUCAUGAUGGAUUAUGAAUUUAAAAUGAAAACACAAAACGAACGAUCCAAAGUUGAAGAUUUGUUCGAUUUCGAAGGUUGCAAAGUUGGAAGAGGCACCUAUGGCCAUGUUUAUAAAGCAAGGAGAAAAGACGGAUCGGAUACGAAGGAUUACGCGCUGAAACAGAUUGAGGGGACUGGGCUUUCCAUGUCGGCUUGCAGGGAAAUAGCGUUGCUCAGAGAGCUAAAGCAUUCCAAUGUUAUAAACCUGAUAAGGGUGUUCCUAUCACACACAGACAGAAAAGUAUGGUUGUUAUUUGACUAUGCAGAACAUGAUUUAUGGCACAUCAUAAAGUUCCACAGAGCGGCAAAGGCUAACAAGAAAUCUGUAAUGGUGCCAAAAGGCAUGGUCAAAAGUCUGCUCUAUCAGAUUUUGGAUGGAAUACAUUACUUACAUUCCAAUUGGGUUUUACAUAGAGAUUUGAAACCAGCAAAUAUUCUUGUGAUGGGUGAAGGGCCAGAAAGGGGCAGAGUGAAGAUUGCUGACAUGGGAUUUGCGAGGUUGUUCAAUGCACCGCUGAAGCCUCUUGCUGAUUUGGAUCCUGUGGUAGUCACAUUUUGGUACAGAGCACCAGAGCUGUUGCUGGGAGCAAGGCAUUACACUAAGGCUAUAGAUAUAUGGGCGAUAGGCUGCAUAUUUGCGGAGCUGUUGACAUCAGAACCAAUAUUUCACUGUCGUCAAGAAGAUAUCAAGACAAGUAAUCCAUACCACCACGACCAAUUGGACAGGAUAUUCAAUGUAAUGGGAUUCCCACAGGAAAAGGAUUGGGAAGAUAUAAGAAAAAUGCCAGAGCAUGCCACUUUAGUCAAGGAUUUUAAAAGAUCUAAUUACCAGAACUGUUCACUGAGCAAAUAUAUGGAUAGACACAAAAUAAAGCCAGACAGCAAGGCAUUCAGCCUUCUACAGAGGCUCUUACUGAUGGAUCCCAAUAGAAGGAUAACUUCAGAACAGGCCAUGCAAGAUCCAUACUUCUCUGAGGACCCUUUACCGACACAGGAUGUUUUUGCUGGUUGCCCAAUACCUUACCCGAAGAGGGAGUUCUUGACAGACGACGAUCAGGAGGACAAGAGUGAUACCAAAGCUAGACAGAACCAACAACAGCAGCAACCCAAUACUCAACAAAAUCAAGUGCAAGCUAACAACCAUGACCACGGCGCCAACAAUGCCAAAAGAAUGAGAAUGGCAGGUCCAAAUCAAGGAAACAACACUGGCGGCGGCGGACAACAGGAGUUCCAUCAACAACAACAGAUGAUGUUCGGCGGCCAACAACAGGGGGCUGGCAAUCAACAACAAGGCAACUUUCAACAAAGGUUUUAGAGAAUUUAGCAGAAUUAAAAUAAUUAAACUCAUCAAACCCAUGUGUGCUGACUAGCAAGACCAAUAUUUACAAUAUAUUACAAGUAGAGAGAAGAAUAUUUUCCAUGAAAUACAAUAAUUGGUAGUCUCAAAUGACGGGAGUAUAAUCUCGACCGUCAUACUUUUUAACUGCAUUAACUGCCUCAUUGGUCCCGUGGUUAGCUGGUUCAGCUACGGACAAUGAGGUCCAGGGUUCAAAUCCCGGGUCAGGCCAACAAAAAAAAAAAUAGGUUAUUGGGAUUUUUCUUACAAGGAAAAUCUUAAUAGCAGCCUGGAGUUAGGAAGUUGGCGGUGUUAGUACCACCGUGCCUCGGAAAGCACGUAAAGCCUGCGCCUGAUCUCUCACCGGUCGUGUCGGUCUGCCGUCCCAUCGGAUUUCGAGAGUGAGGGAAGAGAGAGUGCACCUGGGCUUGCGCACACACUUGGGCACUAUAAUAUCUACUAGAUUAGCCGCCGUGACCGUCGGUCGGGAGAAUAUUAUUAUCAUCAUCGAUUAUCCAAAAGAAAAAUGAGUUUUACAAUAGUUUAGAGAAAUAUAUAAAGCGGGCUACAUAUCUGCAGUCGAAAUGUUCAAUUGUAUUGUCCGUUUGUACGGCAAACAGAGACAGUUUUAACAAUAUUGAAAUUGAUGAUUGAAAUAUAUUGGAUAAAACUGUACCUAACUGUCGCCGCACACGGGCUACACGCGACAGCCACAAACGACGCUACAAGAAGCAAGAAGGAGCCACAAAAGGCUGCAAUUUUUUUAAUCCAUCUUCUUUGUCGCUGCGCUCUUGACAGAGCGGUCGUGGUCUUUAGGACGUGUUGGAGGCAAAUGUAAUACGCCUCACGAGCAUUCGCCACUUCUCCCUUUGUGUAGUGAGUCGCGUACAUUCAUGCAAGGGACCGCCUACAGCAGAUUUAAUCCAUACAUGCAGUAUAAUAAUCGCGCGAGUGGCGUGUGACGGCGUUUUGUGUCGUUUUGUGUUUAGUGGGCUAUAAGAAGCGAGCAGCGACGAUUGUAGCGUGUGGCGGCCAUAUAAAAUGUAUGAAAAAUACGAAAUAUGCCGGUAGCGACGUUUUGUGGUUGUGGCCAGUGGCCCGUGUGAAAGCCCUGUUACAACUGACGGUCUAUAGCCCACAUUAGUUAGCAGCAACAAAAAUGUUUCAAAGUCACAGUCUCGAUAUAAGUGUAAACUGUAAAUAUUACUUUUUAAGGUGUAGGUUAAAUGAAAACACAAUUAAUUAAAAAGUUUUUUUUU